AUGGAAUUGAGCACGGUGAAGGUCAUACUGGUACUUGCCCUACGUUGGGGAGUACCAGCAAGACAUGGUGACAUACCUAACGCCUACGUGAAGGCGAACAAAGAGGAACAUUUGGAGAUUUUUCUUGCCAUACCUCAAGGCAUGACUGUACCUGAUGUGAUUUUGAAGCAAUUUGGAACACAAGGCAGCGACAAACUGGCGCUCAGGCUUAAAAAGUCGCUUUACGGCCUUAAACAGGCGGGUCGUCUUUGGAGCAAAUUGCUGGACACGAAACUGGUCGAGGCUGGUUUUAGUCGAUGCGUGUCUGACGCAUGUCUGUAUUUCAGACACGAUGGAGGCGAGCUGACAAUUGUCGGGGUAUAUGUUGAUGAUUUGUUGGUGACAGCGACAAGUCAGGACAAGGUGGAAGAAUUCUUUAAAGCGAUGAGUGUCCUCUCUAUUAAGGAUUUGGGUCAAGUUAACAAGUUCCUGGGCAUGAGGAUGGCUCUAAAGGACUCGAAGACUUACACUGUCGAUCAGACUACGGCGAUCGAUGAGAUGCUAAAUCAACAUGGUCUGGAUGCAGCAAACGGCGUGAGGGCGCCCAUCGGUGACGACAGCAACGACGAUGUGUCAGAAGGUGUGUACCUGUCGGCAAAUCGGGGCAAGAAAGGCGAGCCUACUGUCCGGAAACUUUCAGUCUUUAGUGGGUAG